AUGAGUGCUGCCGAGCAUAGCAACAUCGCGAUCUUGGCAGGCCCGAAGCUCCUCGGAUAUUUCUUCAACUGGGCCCUUCUUGGAGUUCUGACCCUCCAAACCUAUCUCUACCAUGUCAGUUUUCCGCACGACCCACUCCUUCUGCAAUGUUUGGUCUACGGCAUGCUCGCCUUUGAAUGGGUCCAAACUGGACUCGUCACCGGUGUCGCCUUCGAGAUAUUUGUCUACAAUUAUGGAGACUUGAACAGCCUCACGAAGAUAUACUACGCGUGA